AUGGGUGAUUACGAAAGAGAACAGGAAAGGUUAAAUAAACUUAUGUUACAAUGUUUACAAGAGGAGUCAGACGAAGAGAAAGUAGAUGAUUUAGACGAAGAUUUGGGAGAAGAUAGAAUUGAAGAACGUGUAGAAAAUUCAGAUACGGAACAAGAAAUAUCGGAUUCCGAGAUAGAAGAUGUGACUACUGUGACAGAAAAAAGAACAGGCCAACACGAUUUUCAUGUAGAACAUGUGGCUAGAGAAACUCUGUGUAACGAACUUCAAAAUACCUUGGCAAACCUUACAACAGAGAAAAAUGAUUUAAUGAAAAAAUUCGAAACAACUUUGCAAGAACUAGAGACUCUGAAGAAAUUAAAUGCUGCAAGUCCUGUAAUACCUACAUCGUGCAAAGAAGAAAUCGAAGCUUUAGAACUAGAGAUUAAAGUUAUGAGAAGUGGAAAUUUGUCUCCAGAGCAGGAGGCUGAAGUUAUAAGGAAAGAAGUAGACGUAUUAAAAAAGUAUUGUAUGAAAUUAAAAUCCGUAGAAAACGAAAAUGAAAAACUGAAACUAGAACGAGACACAUUGAAAAGCCAGGUGAUAUUAUCUGACGAUCCCGGCAAUGAAAAGCGCAAAAGCGUUAAAGACAAUUUGAAUAGGCAAGUUGCCGGUAUUUUAGGGGACACCGAAGAAAAGCAUAAAGUGAAAGUAGAUAGCUUAAAAGACGUGACGGAAACUUUGAAUAACACUGAUACGAGUAAAGUUGACAACUUGUAUUUAAAUGAAAACCAAGCUUAUAUAGACGAACUGAACAGUAAGUUGAAAAAUAUGGAGGAACUAGUAAGGGAAAGAGACAUGUUAGCUAAUAAAGUUCAAAGACUCGAAAAGGAACUUCUGCAAUAUCGCGACUUACCGGAAGAUAUAGACGUGUACAGAAACAGAUCUAAAAUGCUAGACAGUGCAUUGGAGGAACGUGAUAAAAUGAGUAAAAAAGUUGAACAACUAAAAGAAAUGGAAGAUGAGUUGAACCAAUUAAAGAAAAAGUCAUCUAGAGUCGACCAAUUAGAGGAAGAGCUAAAAUUGUACAGUAAGAAUGAUAAAAAUAUUGGUAGCGAACUGAAGAAAGCCACAUCGCGAUGUACGUGUCUGGAGAAGGAACUAGAAAAUGUCAAAAUGGAGAGAGAUUCGAUGCGCACGAGAAUUGAAUACAUGAAAAAAGAGAUAGACAUAUUAAGAGCGAAAAGCAAAGAAUCAGAAGUUUUCAGAGUGGAACGAGACAAGUUACAAUUAAGAGUGAAUGAACUUACUCUCAUACAAGUUCAAUAUGAGAAUUUAUUGUUGAAAUGUAAAUGUCUGGAACACGCAGCUGCGGAGAAAGAAAUGUACAAGUACAAAUAUGAAGAAGUCUUAUCAAAGGAAUGUCAAGGCGACAUGUUGCGUUCUCAAGUUGAGGCGGCCAAAGGUUUAGAAAGGGAAAGGAAUGCCCUUGUAAAACAAGUAGGAGAUUUGGAGUCGUGCAUUUGUGAUCAAGAAGAAGAAAUAAAGAAGCUAAUGUCGCAAAUAGACAAUUUAUCCCGCAAUAAGGAUGACUGUCAGUGCCGUAUGAGGGAAGCUUUAGCCAAUAUGAGAGCGGAAAUUGAGAAAAAGGACUGCCUGAUUGCCGAAUCGGAAGAAAAACUGGCGGGCGUACAAGCUCAGCUUAAAAGUUCUAUCCAGGGCGUCUCUUGUGAGACCACAUGUUACAAAACGCGCAUAGAAGAUCUUGAAAGGGAACUUAGCAAGGCCCAAUCGCAAAUCGAAACAUUAAAGAAACAGCUUAAUAAAAACGACAGUUCCCUUAAAGGUGUCGAGAAACUCACAAGGAGUGAAUGCGAGUCCGUUGCUACGAUGAAACGCGAACUGGAUGCCGCUAAGGAAGAAAAUAAGAAACUUCGAGACAUAGCAAAUAAGAUGGUUACUCUAACAGGUGAUGAACAUGUUCAGAAUAUGCUUAAGCAGUCUCAAUGUGCUGUUAAACGUGUGGUGGAGGAACUUGGUAGACAAUAUAAAGAAUGGGAUAAUAUGAAGCGGAACCAAAAGAAAGGUAUUUUCGCUCAAGUUAAUAAACGAUGUCCUUGUAAAUACAAACAUGUUGACCCUCAUCACCAGUCGGACUCUGAAAACGAAAAGUUAAUAGAAGAACUUGAGGAUAUUCAGAGAGAGAAAGAUAAACUAGAACAAAUAGUUAAGCAAAUCCAAAACGAUAAAUCUUGUGAAGGUCCCCAGAACGAAUUAAAGUCGUUGAGGGCAGACAACGCCAAGUUGCAAGAGCUGUUGAAGAAAGAACAAAGUGAGAGAGAAGUCGAAUUAUGA